AUGGCGUGCAGCCUCAAGGAUGAGCUGCUUUGCUCCAUUUGCCUGAGCAUUUACCAGGACCCCGUGAGCCUGGGCUGCGAGCACUACUUCUGCCGCCGCUGCAUCACCGAACACUGGGUGCGGCAGGAGGCGCAGGGCGCCCGCGACUGCCCCGAGUGCCGGCGCACUUUCGCCGAGCCCGCGCUCGCGCCCAGCCUCAAGCUGGCCAACAUCGUGGAGCGCUACAGCGCCUUCCCUCUGGAUGCGAUCCUUAACGCGCGCCGCGCCUCGCGACCCUGCCAGGCGCACGACAAGGUCAAACUCUUCUGCCUUACGGACCGCGCGCUGCUCUGUUUCUUCUGCGACGAGCCGGCGCUGCACGAGCAGCACCAGGUCACUGGCAUCGACGAUGCCUUCGAGGAGUUGCAGAGGGAGCUGAAGGAGCAGCUUCAAGCCCUUCAGGACAGCGAGCGGGAGCACACAGAGGCACUGCAGCUACUCAAGCGCCAGGUGGCAGAGACCAAGUCUUCCACCAAGAGCCUGCGGACCACCAUUGGUGAGGCCUUCGAGCGGCUGCACCGACUGCUGCGUGAGCGGCAGAAAGCCAUGCUGGAGGAGCUAGAGGCAGAUACGGCCCGCACGCUGACCGACAUUGAGCAGAAAGUCCAGCGCUAUAGCCAACAGCUGCGCAAAGUGCAGGAAGGGGCACAGAUCCUGCAGGAGCGGCUGGCUGAAACUGACCGGCACACUUUCCUGGCUGGGAUGGCAUCACUGUCUGAGCGGCUCAAGGGGAAGAUCCACGAGACCAACCUGACAUAUGAAGACUUUCCAACUUCCAAGUACACGGGCCCCCUGCAGUACACCAUCUGGAAGUCCCUGUUCCAGGACAUCCACCCAGUGCCAGCUGCCCUGACUCUGGACCCAGGCACUGCCCACCAGCGUCUGAUCCUCUCUGAUGAUUGCACCAUCGUAGCCUAUGGCAACCUGCACCCACAACCACUGCAGGACUCACCAAAGCGCUUUGACGUUGAGGUGUCAGUGCUGGGCUCUGAGGCCUUCAGCAGCGGUGUCCACUACUGGGAGGUGGUAGUGGCAGAAAAGACCCAGUGGGUGAUUGGGCUGGCCCAUGAGGCUGCAAGCCGUAAGGGUAGCAUCCAGAUCCAGCCCAGCCGUGGGUUCUACUGUAUCGUCAUGCAUGACGGCAACCAGUACAGUGCGUGCACAGAGCCCUGGACGCGACUCAAUGUCCGCGACAAGCUUGACAAGGUGGGCGUCUUCCUGGACUAUGACCAAGGCCUGCUCAUCUUCUACAACGCCGAUGACAUGUCCUGGCUCUACACCUUCCGUGAAAAGUUCCCGGGCAAGCUCUGCUCCUAUUUCAGCCCUGGCCAGAGCCAUGCCAAUGGCAAGAAUGUGCAGCCUCUGCGGAUCAACACCAUCCGCAUUUAG